AUGAAUCUGGCAUUGAUUCGAAAGCUGCAUGAUGUAAGACGAUCGCAAUGGACAUGGAGUCCCUCUUCCUUCUUCUUCUUCUUCUCCUCCUCCUCGCUUCCACCAUUAGAACACGCACGCGCACACAUACAACAGCUACUUUGUCAUUGCUCCAACUUGAACCAUAUUCAACAAACCCAAUGCUUCAUGUUUACAAGAGGUUUGGAUCAAGAUGACAUCUUACUCUCCCGAUUCAUAUACACUUCUUCUUCUUUAGGGUUUUCCUCUUAUGCUUAUUCUGUUUUCAUCUACAAUCACCGACCCAGUAUCUUUCUCUACAACACAACCAUCUGGGCUCUAUCCUCUGCAAAUUCCACACGUGCCAUUUCUCUAUUCAACACCAUUCGCAUGCUUGGUUUGCGACCCGACUCUUACUCUUUCCCUUUCGUUUUGAAGGCCGUUGUUUCCUCAUCAAACGUCGUCGUUGGCAAGCAGAUUCAUUCCCAAGCUAUUGUUGCUGGCUUGGAAUCACAUCACAGCGUGGCCACUUCCCUCGUUCAGAUGUAUUCUUCUUGUGGGAACGUUUCUUUUGCUCGGAACCUCUUCGAUGGUGUUGCUUUGAAACAUGUCCCACUCUGGAAUGCCAUGAUUGCAGGUUAUGCUAAAGUGGGUGAUAUGGCUAAUGCACGCAACUUGUUUGAUUUUAUGCCUGAGAGGGAGAAAGAUGUUGUUUCAUGGACUGCACUUAUUUCAGGUUACACACAGAGUCAUAAUCCCAAUGAAGCUAUCAUGCUCUUCCGCAGAAUGCAGUUACAGAAUGUGCAGCCAGAUGAAAUUGCAAUUUUGGCUGUUCUCUCUGCUUGUGCUGAUUUGGGUGCUUUUCAGUUAGGGGAAUGGAUUCAUAACUACAUUGAGAAGCAUAGGUUGCGUAAGAUUGUUCCUCUUUAUAACUCGCUCAUAGAUAUGUAUGCUAAAUCAGGGAACAUAAGUAAAGCACUCCAUGUGUUUGAGAAUAUGAAGCAUAAAACGGUUAUAACAUGGUCAACAAUGAUUGCUGGAUUUGCUUUACAUGGUUUAGGAAAGGAGGCACUUCAUGUAUUUUCUUGCAUGGAGAAGGCUCGAGUCAAGCCGAAUGAAGUCACCUUUAUCGCUAUUCUUUCGGCUUGUAGCCAUGUUGGUUUGGUUGAGGUGGGACGCGAUUAUUUCGCCUCUAUGAGGUCCAAAUAUGGGAUUGAACCAAAGAUUGAGCACUACGGCUGCAUGAUUGAUUUGCUUGGUCGUGGUGGCUAUCUUCAAGAAGCAAAAGAACUAGUUAGGAUGAUGCCCUUUGAAGCAAAUGCAGCUAUAUGGGGAUCCCUUCUUGCUGCUUCAACUAGAUGUGGUGAUGCUGAGCUAGCAGCAGAAGCUUUGCGUCAUCUCAUAGUGUUGGAGCCUCACCAUUGUGGGAAUUAUUCACUCUUGUCCAAUACCUUUGCUGCUCUUGGUAGGUGGAGUGAAGCUCGGAUGGUAAGGAAGGUUAUGCGGGACAAAGGUGUGGAAAAGGUACCUGGUGUCAGUUUUAUUGAAAUGAACAACAGGGUAUAUGAAUUCAUUGCUGGUGACAAAUCAAACGUGUACUUUGUUGGCAUAUGUGAUGUCCUGCAUAGCAUAAAUAGACAACUGAAGGUGGUUAAUUUGAAUAGGGCAUGUAGAGGACACUAGAUGUUGAUGACUGAUGCAGAUUAUUGUAUAUAUCCGGAUUCCUUUUAUAAGGUUGCGCUUGAUGGACCUGAGGAACAGCAUAAGAGAACAGGACAACACAAUUAGCUGAGUACAACUGAAAACAUAUCCCUUUCAAGCAUCACUGUGAAACAACUUCUGUCGAUGCCAUGUUUUACUCAGGCAAGUAGUUCUUUUUCACGUUGGUAAACCGAAGUGCCAUGAAAGGAGGCCGAGGCAGGACACCAGUACAACAGACCAGAAGCGUACAAGAGUGUGAAGUCUACAUGGCUGGCUGACUAAUUUUGAAACCCUUGGAACUAGCUAUUUCAUUCUGAUACUCGAAUCUCCUCUGACUGCAUUUAUCAAUUAUCAAAUAUAAGUGUAUCGCCUUCUAAUAAUCUAGUUUUCCAACCUUCUU